AAUUACUAUAUAUCAACUAAAAGCAGAGGGUACACGCGAAACGAAUCCGGCAAAGUGGUACAAAACCAUAUUUGAACUUGCUGCCGCUAAUGACUGUAACUCUCAACCACCAGCUGAUGCAGCAGACUUAGCGGAACGCCUGCAACAAAGCUUCACCAAACCUUGGCAGAAUGCCAAUCCCACUGAAAUUCCGGACGUUGGGGAAAUUGAACACCUACUUAAGAAUGAUACCAGUCCCCCGUUGCCUUCCAUCGGACAAAUUAAGGCUACCCUUAAACAUCUAAAUCCGAGGAAGGCCACUGGCUCAGAUGAGAUCCCUCCAUGGUUACUGAAACGUUACCAUGAAGAACUUAUUAUUAAUG